AUGGCGACGACGGCGAUUCCGGAACGAGACGAUUACCGACAUCACUUGAACAUUUUGCGUCGUCAAAGGCGAGCCGUCGUCGGCGGCACUGGCGGUGGCGGGUGGCGCGACCUCGAUUACGGCAACUUGACGAACGCGAUCCGCGACAUCGUCGAGGCCAUGACGGUCGACUGCACUUUGGCCGUUCACUCGGGUGUCGAAAAUGCUGCUGCCGAUUUCCUGAGUAAUACAAUUAAGUCCCUACACGGAAGGGGUGUAACGACGACUCACCACGCUUUAUUGUCAGAGGAUCACGUACAAUCGCUGUUGAUCGAUAUCCGCCGCGCAGUGGCCGACGGACAUCACACGUCUUACAUAGUACUAUCGACGUCUGCGCUCAUGGAAAACUUGCUGUCGGCCGUAAUGUCAAUAUAUAUACAAAUAUUUACCGUUUUACUCGGUUUACAUCGCGACUGCGAUUUUCUGUUUUUCACACAGAUCCGGAGAAGUAACUUGAUGUCUCGGAACGUCGUGUACGUGUUUUUAUGGUUACGGUCGUCCGUCAGUCGAACGUUCAAGGCUGAUAUACUGGAGGCGAUGCGCGUGUGCGUCAUCACCAGUCCCAGACUGGGAUUCUACCAGAUUUAUUACAGUCAGGCCAGCGCCAGACCCGGGUACGGAUCAAGCCUGAAAAUGGUAAAUUGGUGGUCAGCAAUGGACGGGUUGGUGAGGUUCCCGCUGUUACCGCCGCCCAAACAGGUGUACAAGAACUUCGAAGGCAGAUAUUUCAACGUUCCAGUUUUACAUAAGCCACCAUGGACAUUCGUCGAAUAUUUGAACGACAGUUUUCGGGUGGAGGGUGGACGAGACGAUAAACUCAUAAAUCUAUUGGCCGACAAGCUACAUUUUCAAUUCAGAUACAUAGAUCCUCCUGAUCGUACACAAGGUUCAGGACUCGAUCGCGGGUCAUCAAUGCAAGGAGUAUUGGGUUUGAUAUGGCAAAGGGAAGCAGAUUGGUUCGUAGGAGAUUUAUCUAUAACAUACGAGCGCAAUUUGGUUGUAGACUUUUCAUUCCUUACAUUAGUCGACAAUGAAGCUUUCCUGACACAUGCGCCUGGUCGUUUGAACGAAGCAUUUUCACUCAUCAGACCGUUUCAUUGGUCGGUUUGGCCAUUGUUAUUGAUCACAGUUAUUUUUGCCGGACCAAUACUUUACAUAUUAGUCGACACGACUGACGGCCAUCCCCAAGGAAAAUCUAUGUUGUAUUGGAAGUGCGUGUGGUGGUCUGUUACUGUGUUUUUACAACAGGCUGCAAUUAUCCCAUCGGAAAAUAACAAAAUCCGAUUUGUGGCUGGUUUAUUAAUGUUAUCGGUCACUUACGUGAUUGGCGACAUGUACUCGGCUAGUCUAACGUCAAUACUGGCAAGACCACCGAAAGAACCGCCUAUCAAUACAUUGAAUGAACUAUCGGAAGCUAUGCGUGACUCCGGCCUUCAGCUGUUGGUCGAAGUCCAAAGCGCUUCGCAAGCGAUGUUAGAAAACGGCACAGGCGUGUACGAAGAGUUGUCACAGCUCGUGACCCGUCAACGAGAAUACCUAAUAGGGUCUACCGAGAAAGGAAUGCAAUUAGUCAGGGACAACAAGAAUUACGCCGUUAUAGGAGGUCGAGAGACGUUCUACUACGAUAUCAAACGAUUCGGUGCCCAACAUUUUCAUCUAAGCGAAAAGCUAAACACGAGAUAUUCGGCUAUUGCGUUUCAACGAGCGUGCCCCUACAGAGAUAAUUUCGACGACGUGUUGAUGCGACUAUUCGAGGGCGGAAUUUUGUCGAAAAUCACAGAAGAAGAGUACCAGAAACUCAACGACAAACUGAUGGGAUCGGAAAAAUUCGACUCGACAUCCGUGGUCAUAGAGCCCGUACUGGAAGGAUCGGAACCCCGACAAGAAGACGACGACAAGCAGUUGACCAUUGCCAUGUCCAUGAAAACGUUACAAGGAGCGUUCUACGUGCUGGCAAUCGGCUCGAUUUUGGCAGGGUUCUUGCUAUUGAUCGAGAUGAGGUCACACGACAAGUUUGAAAAAGACAAACGAAUAAAACGCGUCGAAGCUCCGUUCGUCUACAAACGAAAAGUGCCCAACAAAUUCCAAAACAGAUUAUACGAUUUAAAAGAAUGAAAAACAUUUUUUGCAUUUCAUAAGUGGACAUUUUUGCCAGCGCUAUAUUUAGCGAAGCGUACAUAGUUAGUUACGUAUAGGUACCUAUAUUGAAUCGUUUAUCGUACGAUUCCCAUGCACGACAUAUGCACAUACAUAUUUAUACAUUAUAUAAUUACAUAUAUUAUAUAAAUAAACAAUUAUCAUACUUUACAGGAUGAACUAUUUGUAUAGGAUAGGUACAGGACGACGUAUGAAGUUAUUGUCGUGAAUAGAAUAUAUUUUGCAUAAUAUAACUUUGCAGUAUUGAAUUAUUGAA